GAAAGGUACUGCAUAAGGAGUACCGAGCGAUAAGUACAAUGUGGGACAAGACAACGCUUUGGAGAAGCUGCUAAAGGACUAUGCCUGGCAGUUUGGAUUGGCAUCCGGAUUAACUCUUUUGCUGCCACUCCUCCAUGUUAACAUGGAUAUUUGAAUUCAGCGAUCGUCAGUGGCAGUUAUAUAAUAAUGUACUGGAAGCUACGGUAGAUCCACAUCAACGAAAUGUCACACCCGGCAAAAGGAGGAGACCGCUCUCCAGUAAUCUCUGAGUCUCCAAGAUCCAGUGAGCUUUCAAACUCAAGUACCAUUUCCGGAAGAAGAGUUGAUGGAGAAGCUCAACAGGAACAACUCAACAAAUGGGAGAGCAACUAUAAACUUCGAGAGGCAAUGUUGUUGUCAGAAAUGAAUCAGAAAGAAGUAGAAUGGAAACUUAAAGAGGCAAUGUUGUUGUCAGAAUUGAAGCAGAAGGAAUGGAAACUUAGAGAGACAACACUGCUGUCGGAAAUUAAGCAUAAAGAGGUUGAGAUAAAGCUUAGACUUGAAGAGGAAAGAACUAAAUUGCAGCAGUUGCAAGCAGAAAAGAAAACCAAGAAUCAUUCAAUACUUGUGAAGACGUGCAACAGUUGCAAAGGUCUUAACUAUGUGGAUGAAAUUGAGGUUACCUCAGAAAAAGAAACUGAAGGUAUUAUAAUUACAAACCCAGAUGUAGCAGGAGUCCAUCCUCAACCGGGAUCUUCUGAAAUUUCCGUAGCUCAGGAACCUCUUAGUCUGGCUCAAGCAAGCUCAAUAUGCACGAAUAUUCCACAAGUUCCACAGCCACCAACGUUCAGUAGUAAACCCCUGAAUUGUAUUGACCAGAAAAUGUCUUCUGUGUCUUCUAUUGAGAGAAAACCCCUUGCAACAACACAGAUGGUUACACUGAAAAAAUGUCCUGUUGGUGAUGCACAGCAAGCAUCAGAAGGUUUCCCCCACAGACACAGAAAAAGGUCACCCAAAGACGUUUUAGCAGUACUCCAAGAAAGAACUCGCAGCCCCUCGCUACUCGAAAAGGUAUUCAGAGAAAAGCUGACGAGAUGCCCCAAGAUCCAAGAUAAUGAUCCGCUGGCACUAAUAGCAUUUGUAGACUUCUUGAACAGCUGCAGUGGAGCAGUUACACAUGGUCAAGAGUUAGACUUUCUGAAUAGUUGUGACGAAAACUUUAAGUUACUUGAAAAAAUGCCUCAGUCGAUUACCCAAAAGUGGAGUCAAGUUGUUGUUGAUGAACUUGAAACCAGUGGAGAAUAUCCUAAUUUUGCUUGUUUCACAGAGUUUUUGAAAACAGAAGCACAGACUCUCUGCGGUCAUAUCACUUCACCGCCCAUUAUGAUCAAAUCCUUGGACCAUCGAUCAUUAAAGCAAAAGAGGACUCCUAAAACAAGUACACAACCAAAGAAUACUACACCCCAACUAGUGUCCAGCACCAUAAUGAUGUGCUUAUUUUGCAAAAAGGAGGGUCAUGACAUCACUCGAUGCCCCAUCUUUGCAGCAAGGACCCUUGAGUAUAAGAAAACCUUCAUACAUGGCAGUCAUCUGUGUUUUGGAUGUCUAAAGAAAGGGCAUUUCAUCAAAGAAUGUAAACGAAGACACGUUUGUAGCACAUGUCACCGUCGUCAUCCCACUAGCUUGCACACGAACACAGUUAAAAGACCUGCAAAUAUCGCAAAGAAUGACUUUACUCCCACAGAAGACCACAGAAAAGCAGGGGUGAAUAAAGUUCUCUUUCACGCAUCAGCCAAACAUUCUUCUGCUACAUCAAGUAUUGUUCCAGUUUUUGUCUCAUCCAUUGUGGAGCCAGAUAAGGAAGUACUUACCUAUGCAAUAUUAGAUGCACAGAGCAGCUCAACAUUUAUCUUGGAAGAUGUGCUUGACAAAUUGAAUGUGGGUAUCCAAUCAGUUAAACUAAAACUGAGCACGAUGACUGCAACUGACACAAUCAUAGCAAGCAAGAAUGUUCAAGAUUUACAAGUAAGAGGAUUGAACUUGGAUCGUCAAAUACAAAUUAAGCAAGCCUAUGCCCGUGAUUUCAUCCCAAUGAAUAAGGGUCAGAUUCCGACCAGUCAGACCGCUCUACAAUGGCCACAUCUGGAACACUUGGCUGACAAAUUACCACCAUUUCAAGACUGCAAUGUGGGACUUUUGAUAGGAUACGACUGUCCGUCAGCCCUUGCACCUCUAGAAGUCAUUGUUGGCACUACAAAUGAGGCCUUUGCGCAGCGGACGCAACUGGGUUGGAGCAUCAUAGGCCCAUCAAACCCCAACUUUGACUGGGAAAGAACCAAAUCUGACUCCUUGGUGUUAAAACAACUGUCGGAAGCCAAUCAUAUGUGA